ACUAUGCUAACACGAUCAUCUACGGUUUCAAACUCAGAAACCCUAAUUUCUCUCUUCAUCUCAUGAUCUAGGGUUUCAAUUUCUUGAUUCCUUCACCAAUUUCACUGUAGUAGAAGAAAACCAGAGAAGAAGAAUGUAUAUCAAGGAGAUAUGUUUAGAAGGGUUUAAAUCAUAUGCGACUAGAACAGUUGUGGCUGGAUUUGAUCCAUUUUUCAAUGCAAUUACGGGUUUAAACGGUUCUGGGAAAUCAAAUAUUCUCGAUUCGAUCUGUUUUGUACUUGGAAUCACGAAUUUGCAACAAGUACGGGCUUCCAAUCUUCAGGAAUUGGUGUAUAAACAAGGUCAAGCUGGAAUUACUAAAGCUACUGUUUCAGUUGUUUUUCAGAAUUCGGAUACGAAUCGAAGCCCUCUCGGUUACGAAUAUCAUUCAGAAAUCACUGUAACCAGACAGAUUGUGUUUGGCGGAAGAAACAAGUACCUUAUCAAUGGACGUGUUGCACAACCUAAGCAAGUUCAGAAUCUAUUUCAUUCCGUGCAGCUCAAUGUUAACAAUCCGCAUUUCUUAAUUAUGCAAGGGCGCAUCACUAAGGUUUUAAACAUGAAACCUCCUGAGAUUUUAUCUAUGCUUGAAGAGGCUGCUGGAACAAGAAUGUACGAGACCAAGAAGGAGGAUGCCUUAAAGACACUUGAGAAGAAGCAAAGCAAAGUUGACGAGAUUAACAGGCUUCUUAACUGUGAAAUACUGCCUGCUUUAGAGAAGCUGAGGAAAGAAAAGCGUCAAUACAUGGAGUGGGCUAAUAGUAAUGCUGAACUAGACAGGCUUAGAAGGUUUUGUGUUGCUUUUGAUUUUGUUCAGGCAGAGCGGAUAAGGGAUAGUGCUCUCAAUGGGGUGGAGCAAAUUUCGGCCAACAUAGCUCAGAUUGACACUGAUGCAAGAAGUAUGAAGCUGAAUAUUCAGGAUAUGGAGACGAAUAUAUCAAAUUUGACUGCUGAAAAAGAUGCUAUCUUGGGUGGUGAGGUAAAAACUUUGUCAGAAAAGGUGGAUAUUUUGUCCUGUGACCUGGUGAAGGCAACAACUGUGUUGAAAAAUCAAGAGGAUUCCCUUGGUGCAGAAAAAAGGAACGCCGAAAAGCAUGCAAAAAGUAUUGAAGAUAUUAAAAGAUCUAUUGAGGUAAUGGAUUCCGCAGUUAGAAAGGCUGAAGAUGGAGCUGCAGAUCUCAAAAAGAGAUUUAGUGACCUCUCUAAGAAUUUGGAAGACUAUGAAAAGGAGUACCAGGGUGUACUAGCUGGUAAGAGCAGUGGGAAUGAGGAUAAAUGCAUGGAAGAGCAAUUAGCUGAUGCUAAAGCUGCUGUUGGUACAGCUGAAACCGAAUUGAAACAGCUGAAAACAAAAAUUAGUCACUGUGAGAAGGAGCUGGUUGAGAAAAGGCAGCAGUUGAUGUCAAAGGGUGCAGAAGCUGUUGCUGUAGAGAAUGAACUGCAUAACUAUAGGUCGGAUUUGGAGAAAAUUGAGAUGGCUCUGGAAUCUGUUACCUACAAUGAGGGUCAAAUGGAAGCUUUGCAAAAGGACCGGAAGUUAGAAUUAGAAGUGGUGCAAAAGUUGAGGGAUGAGACUCAACUUCUGUCAGGUCAAUCAGCAAGAGCUCAGUUCACAUACCGCGACCCAGUGAAGGAUUUUGACAGGUCAAAGGUAAAGGGCAUGGUUGCAAAGCUUGUUAAAGUGAAGGAUAGUUCCACAUUGACUGCUUUGGAGGUUACAGCAGGAGGCAAAUUAUAUAAUGUUGUUGUAGACAAUGAAGAUAUAGGAGCACAGCUAAUCGAGAAAGGUGGGCUUCGAAACAGAGUAACCAUUGUACCGCUGAACAAAAUCCAACACAAUGUUCUUCACGCAGAUGUUCAACAGGAUGCUGUGACAAUAGUUGGUGAUGGGAAUGGAGAAAUUGCACUGUCUUCGGUUGUAUAUGAUGAGGAAGUAAAGGCUGCAGUAGAACAUGUGUUCGGUUCAACCUUUAUUUGUAGAACUAGUGAUGCUGCGAAGGAGGUGACUGAGAAAUGUAAAAUUUCAUGUGUUACUCUUCAAGGCGAUAAAUUUCGGCAAAAUGGUCUUGUGACCGGUGGUCACCGCAAGCAAGAUCAGGAACUGCUAAGGAUUCUUCAUGCCUUAGCAGAAGCAGAAUCAAAGCUUUCGUUUCAUGAGAAGAGACUUUUGGAUAUCGAAAACAAGAUUUCCCAGCUACAACCUCUACAGAAGAAGUUCAUGGACCUUAAAUCUCAGUUGGAACUGAAGACUUAUGAACUUUCACUUUUUCAAAGCAGAGCUGAGCAGAAUGAGCAUCACAAGCUAGCUGAAUUAGUAAAAAAGAUUGAGCAGGAGCUUGAUGAAGCAAAGCACAGCAUAAAAAAGAAACAACUUCUGUAUGACCAGUGUGUAUCAACUGUGUCAUCGCUGGGAAACUCUAUCAAGGAACAUACUAAUAAGCGGGAGAGCAGACUAAAUGAGUUGGACAAAAAGAUCAAGGAAACAAAACUUCUGAUGCAGUCUUCUUCCAAGGAUCUCAAGGAAUAUGAAAAUGAGAGAGAACGGCUUAUUAUGGAAAAAGAAGCUGUUAUUCAAGAGCAUGCCUCACUGGAAAGUCAAUUAGCUGAUCUAGAGACUCAGAUUAGCAGCCUCGCAGUUGAUGUAGAUGGACAUAGAGCCAAGGUCAGUUCCAUCAAUCAUGACCUCGAUCAAGCUCAAUCUGAACUCGGUUUAGUAGGUACGAAGAUGAGAGAGUGCGACUCUCAAAUUAGCGGCCUAGUGAAAGAGCAGCAGAAUCUUCAGCAUAAACUUUCUGAGGCAAAUCUGGAGAGAAAGAAAAUGGAAAAUGAGAUGAAAAGGAUGGAGAUAGAACAGAAAGAUUGUUCUUUGAAGGUUACUAAGCUCUUAGAGAAGCAUAGCUGGAUUGCUGCUGAGAAACAACUUUUCGGAAAAAGUGGGACCGAUUAUGAUUUCUCUUCUUGCAACCCUCACAAAUCAAGGGAGCAAUUGGAAAAACUCCAAGCUGACCAAUCAAACCUGGAGAAGAGAGUCAAUAAGAAAGUCAUCGCAUUGUCUGAGAAAGCAGAAGAUGAGUACAAUGACCUAGUAGCCAAGAAAACCAUCAUUGAGAAUGAUAAAUUGAAAAUCAAGAUGGUUAUUCAAGAGCUAGAUGAGAAGAAAAAGGAGACACUCAAAGUUACAUGGGUUAAAGUUACCAAGGAUUUUGGAUCCAUCUUCUCUACCUUGUUACCUGGCACCAUGGCUAAGCUGGAGCCUCCAGAAGGAUGUAAUUUCUUAGAUGGCCUUGAGGUUCGUGUUGCAUUCGGAAGCGUGUGGAAACAGUCCCUGUCCGAGCUUAGUGGAGGGCAACGAUCUCUUCUUGCCCUUUCUCUCAUUUUGGCAUUGCUUCUCUUCAAACCAGCACCUCUCUAUAUUCUUGAUGAGGUUGAUGCUGCGCUUGAUCUCAGCCAUACCCAGAACAUUGGAAAGAUGAUAAAAAGUCAUUUCCCGCAUUCCCAGUUCAUUGUUGUAUCCUUGAAAGAAGGGAUGUUCAACAAUGCAAAUGUCAUUUUCCGUACAAAAUUCGUCGAUGGUGUGUCCACAGUUCAGAGAACUGUUGCUCCAAAGCAGAAGUGAUUCGUUCAUCUUCUGGCAAAUUUCACCAUAACCUGGUUUCAACUCUGUUAUAUAAUGUAAUAUCCUCUUCUUUUGUU